AUGAGCCUAAAUGAUCGGCCUUGGUCUAAGCAGGUUACACGCCUGAGUAAAGAACUAUUGCAGGAUACCCUUCUUGGAGGUUCAGCCGCCCCGUUCCACCUCGAUGCGCGUAUGGCAUCCAUUGAACGGUACCGUAUGAAAAAAGAAUCUGUGGCGGGUGUUGAGAGCUCUGCACCAGUACCCUCCUCGGACCCACCCUUCCCGAGAUCCGGGAAAACAAACUUUGUAUCGAUGCUGUACGCGUCGGUGAGCCCCACACAAGCAUCACAGUCCUCGUCACCGUCUUAUUCCUCCGAGGGACAACCUCCCGGCGAAUUAGACGGUACUUGUACAUGCGUUGCGUCACAAUAG